AUGAAUACGUCAAGCAAACGAUUGGGGAAAGUUCUUUCAAUCUUCUCUUCUUAUUUGGGUGUUUUAUGUCUUGUCUUACUUAUUGGGUCUUUACUGAUGAAUCGUGGUGAUUUGCCUUGUUCGCCUUCUAUUCAAAAGGCUAAGUCUGGCUCAAUGGUAUUUACGCCUAAUAUCAACCUAGAAAGUACUUUGAAUCAUAAUGUUAAGGAAGUUUAUGUCUAUUUGGUCCAUCGAACCCAACGAGGAGAUAAGAUUAGUGAAAAAACCGUUUGGGACACAUUGAUAAAGAAAAACGGGAUUAGUCAUCUUCAGAAAGGUAUUAUUGUCAAAACAGCUGAUACUUCACGCCCACUUAAUAAGGGCGAGUUUCACUUAAGAGCAAGUUACUUUCCUUAUGUUGGUCUAAUUAGGUACAAAACCUUUGCCGUAGUUAAGGCUUCCAGCUAG